AUGGGGAUCUACAAUGGUGUAAAUUGUAUUUUUUCUUUGAAAGGUUAUGUUUUAAGUGUCAUAGAAAGUACUCAUUUCACUACGCUUGCUUCCUGGAACUUUUUUCUUGAUAUUUCUUACUAUGUCGAGCGGAAUAAUGAUUGCCUUUGCCAAAUAACAGCACUUGAAGAUGAUCUAUGGUUCUAUGCGGAUGUGAAAAAAUUAAUUGUCUUUAGAACGUUAGCCCCAACACAAGAACACUCGCCUGCCACGUCCAACACGGGUUCUUUCAAGUUCGUUUUCUCCUGAUGGCUCCCGACUUGCAACUUGUACCUCAGAUGGAUAUAUCAACAUUUGGAAUGUAUAUACCAGCCAGGUUGAACAGCGUUUCAAAAGUAGUCAAGGCGAUUCGUCAUUUGCUUGUUGGUGGUCGGAAUUGCUCUUGUUCGUGUUUGACUUUUUUGACAGGGUUCCCAGCUUAACAAUAUACCUGGAUUUCAAUUUAGAGAACGCGUCCUCUCAGAGCGACCAAGUGUCGCUGUGUCAUUUGUUGGAAGAGUUCGUAUCCUUCUCAGCACUUGUUAAUUUUUCAGAGGGCUUACUCAUCUUCGAGUGCGGAAAUACGAAGCCUGUUAAAGUUCUUGAUGUUAAGGGAAUAGGAGGACCGCGAAUGGUCACCUUACCAGAAAUUAAGGCUGGGAUGAAUAUUAUUGUAUCGCCUAAAGCUUUCUUUGUCUUUGGUGGUAGUAUCAGUUUUUUUUGCAUUUGGGUUAGAAUUACUGAGGAACCAUGGUCAGCAACGUACGAAGUCCUUGUUACUGGCGCUGAUACCGACCUUCAACCAUAUGAAUGCCAUUUUGCAUGUUGCUUCACUAACGAUUCUACAAUCGCUGUUGUUCGGAACAAGUUCCCUGAUAUACAGACUAUUAAUAUAAUAGAUCCGGAUAGCGGCGAUGACAAAGAUAUACGUUUGGAAGAAUCUUGUAACGAUUCCAAGCUUUUUUGUCUUAAAAAGGACAGAGUUGUUAUCGUUCCAUCUGAUCACGUUAUAAAUUUUUUUGACAUGGAAUCUGGUGCGCUUCUCAAUUCUUGUUUUCAAAGAUAUUUAACAAAGGAGAGCUAG